GAAUAGUGCAAAAGUAGAUUAAAGAAUAUAGUUAAAAUUAUCCUUUAUUACUUUUCUUCACGAAACCCUCACCCAAUUCUCCCCCUCCAAACUCGCGAGCAAACCCUGGAAUUUGGGGAAAGGGGCAGGAUGCAUUGCUGGAGAUUUGCUAGGGCCUGGGAGCGAGCACCAUUUUCAGUAUCUUUUCCCUCCCCUCGCUUAUGAGCUCAACGACGGCUAGGAGCUGAGCUGAUCACUCUAUUGUCUCCUCUAUCUCUAGUUUCCGUUCUUUGGGCUUCGCCUCCGCCGAAUCGAAGAGAUGAAGUCGCUUAUGGACGCAUCAUUUGCAAAUUGCCAUCGGACUUAUUUCAUUUCCUUUGGGCAAAUCAAUUGGUUGUCCGCAGGUUGGCAAGUUCGUUCAGCUGCUCUCAUCAUUCUUUGGGGGAUUUAUAAUUGCAUUUGUUCAAGGAUGGGUUCUCACCCUUGUUAUGCUUACCACAAUUCCGCUCUUGGUAAUAGCUGGGGGAGUCAUGUCCAUAAUAAUAUCAAAGAUGGCAUCAAUGAGGCCAACAGCUUAUGCAGAAGCAGCAACUGUAGUGGAGCAAACAAUUGGUUCAAUCAGGACAGUUGCAUCUUUUACUGGGGAAAAACAAUCUGUAGACAAGUACAAGAAAUCUCUCAGGAGGGCUUAUGAAGCUAGUGUUCAAGAGGGUCUCGCUUCUGGGUUAGGUUUUGGUACUGUAAUGCUUAUCACGUUCUGUGGGUUAGGUUUGGGAUUAUGGUAUGGCUCGAAGUUGAUAUUGGAUAAAGGGUACACAGGUGGUGAUGUCAUCAACGUGAUAUUUGCAAUUUUGAAUGGCUCCCUCGCUUUGGGCCAGGCUUCUCCAUGCAUAACAGCAUUUGCAGCAGGGAGAGCUGCGGCAUACAAGAUUUUUAAGAUAAUCAACAGAAAGCCCGAAAUUGAUGGUUCCAAUCCCUCAGGAAAGAAGCUUAAUGACAUUUAUGGAGAUUUAGAAUUCAAAGAUGUUUACUUCAGCUAUCCAACGCGAAAAGAUGAACAAAUCUUCAGAGGAUUUUCUUUAUUCAUAAAAAGGGGAACAACACUGGCUUUGGUUGGAGAGAGUGGAAGUGGAAAGUCUACAGUAAUUAGUCUGGUCGAGAGGUUUUAUGAUCCAGAGGCCGGUGAAGUUCUGAUAGAUGGUAUAAACCUCAGGGAGUUCCAGCUGAAAUGGAUCAGAGGGAAAAUAGGACUUGUGAGUCAGGAGCCUGUACUAUUUGCUUCAAGCAUUAGGGACAAUAUAGCCUAUGGAAAGGAUGAUGCGACGACUGAAGAGAUCAGAGCUGCAGCUGAGCUUGCUAAUGCUGCCAAGUUUAUCGACAAAAUGCCUCAGGGUCUUGAUACUUUGGUUGGUGAGUAUGGAACACAGCUAUCAGGCGGUCAGAAGCAGAGGGUUGCAAUUGCAAGAGCCAUUCUAAAGGACCCCCGGAUUCUACUUCUUGAUGAAGCCACUAGUGCCUUGGAUGCAGAGUCUGAAAGCAUAGUGCAGGAGGCACUUGAUAGAGUAAUGGCAAACCGAACUACUCUUAUUGUUGCACAUCGUCUUAGUGCAGUUCGAAAUGCUGAUACAAUUGCAGUCAUACAUAAAGGUUCAAUUGUUGAAAAAGGUUCGCAUUCAGAGCUACUAAAGGAUCCUAAUGGAGCUUACUGGCAACUCAUACAUUUGCAAGAAAUGAGCGAAGAUUCAGAAAUUUUAGCUCAAUCUGGCCGGCACAAGCUUAAUCUUUCAUCUGAUGUUGGAAGGCAGUCUAGCCAUCAUACGUCUUUGAAUCAUUUGAUAACCUGUGAAUCAACAUCAUCUGUAGGGAACAGCAGCCAUCACUCUAUCUCAGUACAUCCUGUGGGAAUUGAUUUCCAAGACAACAGAUCAGAGGCAAAGAACACUGAAGUAACUUCCCAGGAGAUAAAGGAAGUAUCUAUCAAACGCCUCGCUUACCUUAACAAACCUGAGAUCCCCUUUCUCGCAAUUGGUUCAAUCGCUGCCAUUGUUAAUGGGACUGUGUUCCCCAUUUUUGGAAUUUUACUGUCUAGUGCGAUUAAAACGUUUUAUGACCCUCCUGCAAAGAUGAAGAAGGAUUCAAAGCUUUGGUCAAUGUUGUUUUGUAUGCUUGGUGCCAUUUCUUUUCUAGCUUUUCCAGCCAGGACAUAUUUCUUUUGUGUGACUGGAUCCAGGUUAAUAAGAAGGAUACGACUGAUGACUUUUGAGAAGGUGGUUCAUAUGGAGAUUGGAUGGUUUGAUCAUCCUGAAAACUCGAGUGGAGCUAUUGGCUCUAGAUUAUCAGCAGAUGCCACAGCUGUUAGGCGUCUUGUUGGCGAUGCACUUGCUUUAUUUGUUGAGAAUAUCACUACUUUACUUGCUGGUUUAGUGAUUGCUUUUAUUGCAAAUUGGCAACUAUCUCUAAUUAUCUUGGCUCUCUUGCCCUUCAUAGGCCUUAAUGGAUGGAUCCAGAUGAAGUUCAUGAAAGGAUUUAGCGCCGAUGCAAAGGUGAUGUAUGAGGAAGCAAGUCAAGUUGCAAAUGAUGCAGUGGGGAAUAUAAGAACAGUUACUUCUUUCUCGGCUGAAGAUAAGGUGAUGGAACUGUACCAGAAGAAAUGUGAAGGACCUACAAAGAUAGGAAUCAGGCGAGGAUUGAUUAGUGGUAUUGGUUUUGGGGCAUCCUUCUUCGUGCUUUAUUGUUCUUAUGCAGCCUGUUUAUAUGCUGCUGCACGCCUUGUAGAGGAUGGAAAGAUUGCAUUUGGAGAAGUUUUUCGAGUUGUCUUCGCUCUCUCUCUGUCAGCCAUUGGAAUUUCUCAAACAAGUGCCGCAGCUUCAGAUUCUAGCAAAGCCACAGCUGCUGCAGCUUCUGUGUUUGCAGUUCUUGAUCACAAGUCUAAGAUAGAUGCUGAUGAUGAUUCCAUGAUGAAAUUAGAAAGUCUAAAUGGAAACAUUGAGUUCCGGCAUGUCAGUUUCAAAUAUCCAACAAGGCCCUAUGUCCAGGUUUUCCGAGACUUAUCCUUGUCAGUUCAUUCCGGAAAGACUCUUGCAUUGGUUGGAGAGAGCGGAAGUGGUAAAUCAACCGCAAUAGCUUUGUUACAGAGAUUUUAUGAUCCUGAUUCAGGUCAUAUAUUGAUAGAUGGAAUUGAGAUAGAAAAGUUUCAGGUGAAAUGGCUGAGGCAACAGAUGGGUCUCGUAAGUCAAGAGCCAUCCUUGUUUAACGACACUAUUCGGGCUAACAUUGCUUAUGGAAAAGGAGGAGAAGCCACUGAGGCUGACAUUGUUGCUGCUGCUGAGUCAUCAGAUGCCCACAAGUUCAUAUGUAGCCUGCAGCAGGGCUACGAUACUUCGGUUGGAGAGCGAGGGAUCCAGCUAUCAGGUGGUCAGAAGCAACGGGUGGCAAUUGCACGCGCAAUUGUGAAGGAGCCCAAAAUUUUGCUCCUGGAUGAGGCGACGAGUGCACUUGAUGCUGAAUCUGAACGUGUCGUUCAGGAAGCAUUAGAUCGAGUUAUGGUAAAUAGGACCACGGUAGUUAUCGCCCAUCGACUGUCUACGAUCAAAGGUGCUGAUAUGAUAGCUGUUGUUGGAAAUGGUACGAUCAUAGAGAAAGGAAAGCACGAGACGCUGAUGAAUAUCAAGGAUGGGGCAUAUGCCUCCUUGGUAGCACUUCAUUCAAGUUCAGCUUUAUAAUUACACCAUUGUUUUUAUUGACGAAAUUAUUGAGUUUCAGUUUUUUCAACCAUGUCACUUUGCAUCUCAUAAGUAACUAUUGUUAAAUUGUGUUACAAUGUGAUUGGAAAUAAUCUUAAUGCAAAAUCUUUGGCAUGAACUAA